GUCGCUUGUCAGAGCAUGAGCUAUAUCCAGCAUUUCGCUCAGGCAGAGUGACAGAGCACACAAGCGAGCUGACAGUGCCAGGCACGCAGCAGGAGCAGAGUUUGAGUCUGAGAAAAUCACGCAAAGUAAUAGAUUUAAAAAGUGAGAGGGAUUUAGCCGGAGGGGGAGAGGAAGAUUAAGGUUCUUAAGAUUCUAGAUGUCAAAGAAUUUCACUGGAAUCAUAUUUUAACAGAACUGAACUGAUACUGCCUUUGUGAGAAGCUGGUGUCUAAAGAGAACUCUUUCUGCAGCUUUUACUGAAACGAUCAUGACUGCAUCUGUAGGUUCUGUUAUUCAAACACUCCUCAUUCUGGGCAUGAUAUCUCAGCUUAGCAUCUGCUCCACUGUGCCCCCACUCGAUCUUACAACUACCAUGUACGAUGACUAUGACUCGACCGAUGAGCCGGUGUCUGUGGAUUAUGAUCAGUUUGUACAGCAGUGUCAGAAGGCAGACGUACGGUCUUUCCGCCAGUCCUUCCUGCCAGCCAUCUACGCGGUCAUCACUGUCCUCGGCUUCCUGGGUAAUGGUCUGGUUGUCAUCACCUACAUUUAUUUCAAACGACUAAAGACCAUGACAGACGUGUACCUCCUGAACCUGGCCCUGGCUGAUCUGCUGUUCCUCUUUACCUUGCCAUUUUGGGCUGUCAAUGUGGUGAAGCAGUGGGUCUUUGGCCCGGUGAUGUGUAAGACUGUCUUUGUGCUGUACCGGGUCAGCUUCUUCAGUGGCAUGCUGCUGCUCAUGUGUAUCAGCAUCGACAGGUACUUCUCCAUCGUGCGAGCUGCUUCGGCCCAUCGCCACCGCUCCAAGGCUGUGUACUACAGUAAGAUUGUCUCUGUUUGUGUCUGGCUGUUCUCCUUGGUUCUGUCCAUGCCUGAGCUGCUGUACAGUGGCCAGAAGCAGAUUGACAAUGGGCUGCUCUGCAAAAUGAACCUGGACAACAGCACAGUUCUGUUCACAGCAGGCACACAGUUAGCUGUAGGCUUCCUCAUCCCUUUUGUAGUCAUGCUGUUCUGCUAUUGUGUGAUCAUUAAGACUUUACUAUUGGCCAGGAAUUUUGAAAAGAACAAAGCAAUCAAGGUAGUCUUUGCAGUGGUGCUAGUCUUCCUCCUGUUUCAGCUACCCUACAACAGUGUGAUGCUGAUAGACACCAUCAACGAUGUUAAUGCCACUGUCACCAAAUGUGAAGUGAGCAAGAGAAUGAAUAUAGCCAUCGAUGUGACAAAGAGCCUAGCCUACGUCAGAUGUUGCCUCAAUCCUUUCCUGUACGCCUUCAUUGGAGUCAAGUUCCGCAAUGACCUGUUGAAACUGAUGAAGGAGAUGGGUUGCAUGAGCACGGAGCAGCUGAUUAAAUACACCCACUUUAAGGCCACCCUGACCAGUAAACGUGGUUCCACUGUAACAGACACAGACAGUACAACCACCUUCUCCCCAUGACACCGUGCUGUCUGAACCCACUGACAGUAUCUCCUUGGGAGACUCACCUGGACAGUCAUGCAAAACCCACCUGGACUUUCCAAAUGAGAGAUUUUCACAAAAUGUUAAUGUGUCAGCGAGAUGGUCCUGGAGAGAGUCUGCGCUAAGACAACAACAUUAUCUUCAUCGAUGGUGUGCCCAGAGAGCACUGCUGCAAGUACUGACCGGCCCCUCAGUCUCCGUUUCAAACUGCUGGCUGCAAUUGUGAACAAUUCUUCGAUUUCCUGAUUCUUUGACUUCAGAUUUAAGUUGUCUCCCAGCCUGAUCUUUCACCCUGCCUCACCAGCAGGUUGGCAGUAAUAUUCACAAGAGUAGGUUUUAUUAACCAUUGCUGUGGUUACAUAAUCUCCCACAUUCCGAGGGACAUCACACUCAUUCUCACUGCACUGACAGACACUGUGCUUUCCAAAGUUUAGCUCUUGCUCCAACUCAAAUACAAACAGGUCCCGAAACCCAGGGGAACAACUACCGAGUGGGUGAAAUAAUCUGUAGUCAUUCCCUUGUUCCAGUUUUGAGACCCUGGUGUAUCCCACUGAUAGUCAGUCUGCGUGGGGCUGUGCUCCAGUGAGAGUCACCUUCAGGACAAGGGGAGAAAACUACCUUUAAAAGAAUGCUUUAUGCAGUUGUUUGUAUCUAUUUCCCAUUUAUUUUCUCCUGAUAAAUUGAAAUUAAGAAUGUGAUGUAGAUUCUGUAAUGCAAAUGUGUUGAAUUCUGUCAAAAAUGUAGAGGUGUAUUUAAAAACAGAAAAUUAGGAAUGGGCUUUGGAAGUUCCUUUUAAAGUGUUGCUCCUGUUACUUUCCUCUGCUUUUACAUUUUGCACUUAUUGGUAUGUUAAUAUUUCACGGGAUAAUCAUCACAUCAGGGUCACAGCUCCAGGUAUUGAAAAGGGAGGACCAAUUUUGAUUUCCUGUCACAACAUCUCUUUAAAAGUGAGAUAUUUCUCACAUUCUAAGCCAGUGCAGGUUUCCCCGAAUUUCGGGCACUCAUGUGGCUGAACUCUCUACCUCAGACUCUCCCUUUCCUUGUCUUUGCAGUAUUUUACACUGGCUCUUGACCAGUUUGUCUCCUGCCUCGUUUCCAAGAGAAGGGGGUACCAAUAAACACAAUCCCUACUGACACCAAAUUCCCAACCUCCCACAGCCCAAGAAAAUCCUUCAUUCCAACACAGCUGCUGCCUCCCACCGGCCAACCCUGACUCUCAGCAUUGAGCCCCCCCUCCUAUUCACAAUCAGAUGGAAUCAGGAGUCGCUUUAAGACGAGUCAGACCUAGAAACCAGUGAAUGUGAAAAGCCAGUAAUCUUCAGAGAGCUAUCAUGACCAGGGCACCAUGAACAUCUGCAUUAUUGGAAUGUUCCUACUUUAAAAUUCUCACCCUUGUUUUCAAAUCCUUUGAUGGCCUCAUCUCUCCCGAUCUCUGUAAUCUCCUGCUGUCAACCCUCUGAGAUCUCUGCAGCUCUUCUGUUUUUGGCUUCUUGAACAUACAGAAUUUUAAUCCCAGUGGCAGCUUUCACUGUCUACCCCUGUCUGCCUCAGAUUUCCUUCUUUAAGCUGUUCUUUAAAAGCAACCCCUUUCACCUGUCCAAAUAUCUCCUCACGCAGACCUGAUGCUAGAUUAAACUCCUGCGAAGCGCUUUGUGAGGUUUAGUAUAUUAAAGUCACCAUAUAAGUACAAGUUGUUUUAACUUUUGUACUGUGGUAAAAUUGAAGUUAUGAGAUUGUGGGUGAUGAAGAUAUCAGUAAUUGGAUCUCUUUCAAUGAAUGUAUUGCAGUUUAGCACAUUUCUUUUUUUAAAUUUUUCAACAUGUUUAAUGCCAAUGUAUUGCUAAUUCUAACUUUGUGCCUGUGUAAUAUUACUUUGAGUAAUUGUAUUCAGAAGCAGAGUUAUAAAGUGUGGCGCUGGAAAAGCACAACAGGUCAGACAGCAUCCGAGGAGCAGGAGAAUCGACGUUUCAGGUAGGACCCUUCAUCGGGAGUCCUGACCCAUGAGUCCAAAUGAAGGGCUUUUGCCCAAAACGUUGAUUUUCCUGCUCCUCGGAUGCUGCCUGACCUGCUGUGCUUUCCCAGCACUACACUCGCGACUCUAAUCUCCAGCAUCUGCAGUCCUCACUUUCUCCUUGUACUUAGGAGAGUUUGGAGUACCAAAUAUUUUUGUAUGGAUUAAUCAUCUUUAUUGUAAAAAGAAUGCUUUCCUGUAAUAAAAGCUCGUCUUAAAAUGUUCCAGUUGAUACUCUGUGACAUUUGUUUGAAUUGAUUCACUGUUGGAAUGUUUCUGACACAGCCUGGUAAUCCAAUUAAACCUGUUGCACUAUAA